AUGCCAUCACUCUCCAGCGAGCUCCCCCAAUACUCGGGCCCCUACCGCGUCGGCGCCAUCGACAUCGAAGCCCCCUGCGACGGCCGGAUCGUCCACGCAGCAACCCACCUCGAAGACGGCCAGGCCGCAUUCAAGCUCGACACCGUCCUCUUCACCCUCUACUACCCAGCAUCCUCCGACGCGGUCCCCACGAAACCCCGGCACAGAUGGCUGAUCGAGCCGAUCCGCCUGCGCGGCGAGGGCUUCGCGCGCUUCGCGAAUAUCUCGAACUGGUUCACGGACCGCGUCUUCGCGUUCGUGCUCUGGGCCAUGGCCGGGAGCGUGCGAAUCCCCGCGGACGUUGACAUCCCGCUGCGCGAUCCGAGCACCACGGAUAAACUGGGCGAGCCGCAGGCGGACAGUGCGCACCGGUACCCCGUCGUCGUGUUCAGCCAUGGCAUGGCGGCGUCGCGGACGGAUUACACGCAGCUUUGCGGCGAGCUUGCGUCGUGCGGGUAUGUUGUUGCUGCGCUGGAGCAUCGCGAUGGGAGCGGGCCCGGGAGUGUGGUGCGGCGGGGUGGGGGGCGAAAAGGGACGGUGUUGUCGACGGAUCCUGGGAGGGAGGGGGGCCGGGCUAGGCCCGGUGCGCGCCGACUGCGCAGUGUGCUGCAUUUCGCGACGAAGCAUUUGCAGCAUGAGCCGCCGCUUGAUGAGGAGGGGUUGCAGCGGGCGCAGAUUGCGUUUCGGCAGGCGGAGAUGGAGGAGACGGUUCGGGUGCUGCGGAUGUUGAAUGCCGGUGAUGGGGAGUCGGUGUUUCGGCAUAAUGCGCGGCGGGAGGGGACGCAUCUUGCCGGGUGGAGGGGGAGGCUGGAUGUUGAGAGGGUCAUAGUGGCUGGACAUUCAUAUGGGGCGACGGGCGUGCUGGGCUCAUGCCGUCCCGCUGCAGAUCUGAGCGAGGCCCUGCCUAUCCCCCUUGCCGGCUGCAUCGCAUUAGACCCGGGGAAAGCCAGCGGUCCACUAAACGACGAUAUCGGCGUCCCACUACUAGUCAUCCACUCGCACAGCUGGAGCCGGAAGAUCAGCGUCUUCAUGGGCAGACCGCACUUCGACGUCGUCCGGGACCUCGUGCAGAAAUGCCUAGAGCGAACAGGCGCCGCCUGGUUCAUGACGAGUCUCGGCACAAGCCACGCAAGCUGCACCGAUGCACCCGUCCUGCAACCGCUAUUACUCGGCUGGGCGACCGGCGCAGCAGUCGACGCCCGCGAAGGCGUGCUCUCGUACGUGCGUCGGAUCCGCGAAUUCAUCGACUUUGUCAUCACCGGCGAACGCCAGGGUCUACUGGACCAGGAGAUGACGCACGAGACGUACCAGGAGGAGGCGCUUGUUCCGUGGACGCAGGCGUAUGGGCCGCGCGAUUGGAGGCGCGACUGGCAGAUCCAUGUUGCGCCGAAGGUGCAGGGCGAGAGUGAAUCUGCGAGGAUGAAGAGGAAACUGGGGUCGGAUGCGGAGGGCGGGAAUCAGUCGAGUGAGGGUGUUGAGUCUGGUGAGACGCUUGUUGCAUCUGGUGGGCAGGACGCUGAUGCUGAUGGCGACGUGUCGAGUAAAAGGGCUUCGGGGAAAUAA